ACAGACAUGUCCUUCCAAUCUUUCUUCCAUCAUACCUGACAGUCCCUUUUUUAUUAAGUGGACAAGCUCAUUGGAGCCGUGCACAAAUCAAUGCACAGACUUUCCAUUGGGUGCCGGGGAGACAUGGAGGGAUGCUGCUGCAGGAGAGCAGGAGCAGGUGUUCGCGUGAAUGUGUCGGUCCCAUUGACACAUUAAAGAACACACAGAUUGUCUUCGAGCUGUGGGGAUGGACAGGAGACGGAGAGCGACUGUGGCUCUCACCCUCAAUUUCCUCUCUCUCCUCUUCUCGAUCACUGCCUUCAGCAGCAGCUACUGGUGCGAGGGAAUCAGAAAAGUGCCCAAGCCUUUCUGCACGGGCAAAGCCAGGGAAAAACAAGCAUAUUGCAUUCAUUUCAACAACUCCGAAGCCAACAGCAGCAGUAACGUGGUGCAAUACACUUGGGAAACGGGAGACGACAAAUUUAUUGAGAGGCAUUUUCAUGCUGGGAUAUGGUACUCCUGUGAGGAAAACAUAAACGGAGAGGGAGAGAAGUGUCGAAGUUUUAUUACACUCACACCACCCGCUGAUAGAGGUGUCCUGUGGCUUUCCAUUGUAGCUGAAGUGCUGUAUAUCACAUUACUUUUAACCGGAGUGAGCCUUAUGUCAGUUGAAGUAUGUUACUACACCUCGGUCAUUGAUGGGUUAAAGCUCAACGCUUUUGCAGCAAUUUUCACUGUGUUAUCAGGCCUACUUGGAAUGGUAGCCCAUAUGAUGUACACAACCGUAUUUCAGAUGACGGUCAACCUCGGGCCGGAAGAUUGGAGACCCCAGAACUGGGAUUACGGGUGGUCUUACUGCCUGGCGUGGGGCUCAUUUACCUGCUGCAUGGCGGCAUCCGUUACCACCAUCAACAGAUACACGAAGACCAUACUGGAGUUCAAGCAAAGGCGGAGGAACCUGGAACGCAGCUUACAAGGAAAGCAGAAGACGUUGGACCAGGAAGUGACAGAGCCCGUCUGGGACGUUUACAUUAACGCCCUUCAGGGUAACAGAGAAGGUUUCAUGGAUUUAUCUGUGAGCGGGCAAACACCUUCCCCAUACGAAAAUGCAAACACAGCCCCAUUCACACACUGCGAUGAAUACUGCUAGAGUUUUUCAUAGAUUUGAUUAUUCUGGUGAUUGUAUACAUUUUUUCUAAUAAACAUAAACAAAAGGCA